AUUUUAUUUCUUCCUUGGCUAAAGAGGUUCGUUUACAAGGUUUUCCCGUUCUACUUCCAUUGCUGUAACCACAUCGAAGGAUCAACUGUAAUCAGAAAAACAGAUUGGUGUUUCUCUCUGAUGGCAGGUCAAAUUAUAAGGUCAAGAAGGCUAGAAACUCAGCAGCUGGAGCAGUCAAGAGCUAAGUGGACAACAUCACUCACUAAGAUACUGGCAGACCUGAUGGUUGACCAAGUACACAAAGGGAAUAAACAAAACAAUUCAUUCAAUAAGAAAGCAUGGAAAUAUAUUUGUGAUGGAUUUUACCAAAAAACAGGUCUGAAAUGGGAUAAAGAACAACUCAAAAACCGACAUUCAGUGUUGAGGAGGCAGUAUGUUAUUGUGAAGUCCAUUCUUGAUCAUGGUGACUUUAUUUGGGAUGAAGCCACGGGAUUUAUAAGGGCAGAUGAUGAAAUUUGGACUGAAUACAUCAAGAACCAUCCUGAUGCCGAGACUGUAAAAAGUGGUGGCUGCCCAAUCUUUAAGGAGCUAUGUACGAUAUUCUCCGAGUCAGCAACCAAUGGAAAGCAUGAAUAUAUAGCGGCAUCUGAGGGUGAACAUACUCCUAGAGCCCCGUGUCCGGAGUUCUUGAACACACACCAAGAGGAGUCUUCGUCUGAAUCCGAGGACGAGGAAGAUGCAAACGAUCCUCAAACAGCUCAACCUACUACAUCUACGGCAACUUGUAGUCGCAAAAGAGGGCGUAAAGGAGUUGACGAUGCUAUUGCAGAUGCGAUAUUGGAGAUGGCAUCUGCUUCAAAGAUGAGGGCAGCUGCCAUAGAGCAGUGUAACUCUAAAUACAGCAUGGCUGACUGUAUUAAGGACAUAGAUUUGAUGCAAGGUGUUGAUCAACAACUGUAUUUUGCUGCUCUAGAUCUUUUCAACAAACCUAAUGCAAGGGAGAUAUUUUUGUCUCUAAAAAAGGAUAAACGUUUAACUUGGUUACUCCGCAAGUGUGCUGUUGCAUCCAAUAGAUAGGUUGAAAAAUAUAUGGAAAAAGAAAAUAUGGAAAAAGAAAAGAAAAAAAUUUCCUUUUGGCCACUUUGAUCCAUUAGUGCUGAAAUUUUCACAAGUUAUUUUAUUUUAUUUUUAUUCAAAGGCUGGCUCAAUGGCCAUAAGUUAAGGAGUUAAAAGACAUUAAUGUUUGAUUGGCAACAGUACAUGCAACCAUGCUAAUCAUAGAAUUAAA